UUUCACGGAUCAGAUUAGUCGUUGUCUGGAUAUUAACGAGGAAGACCAAACCCAUGGACUUUAACAACUGCGGCUUCAUUGAUCCACAGGCUCAGUUGGCUGGAGCUUUGGCCAAGCAGGACAUCCGACAGUUCGUUGCUGCCCUGGACAGCGGGGCCCUGGCCGAUCUACAAGACGACCGUCAUACCAGUAUCUACGAGAAGGCACUCUCAACACCAGGUUGUCGGGACUUCAUAGAAGCCUGCAUCGACCACGGUAGCCAGGUGAACUACAUCAACAAGAAGCUGGACAAGGCCGCGAUCAGCUAUGCGGCCGACUCUAGGGAUCCAGGAAACCUUGCGGCUCUCCUUAAGUACCGCCCCGGAAAACAAGUCCAGGUUGAUAGAAAAUAUGGGCAGCUUACUCCACUUAACUCACUUGCCAAGAAUCUCACGGAGGAAAAUGCCCAAGAUGUGCACUCCUGCAUGCAACUCUUGCUGGACUACGGCGCCUCGCCGAAUAUCGUAGACCAGGGCGAGUUCACACCCUUGCACCAUGUGCUGAGAAAGAGCAAGGUGAAGGCUGGGAAGAAGGAACUGAUUCAGCUCUUUCUGGACCAGCCGGAGUUGGACAUCGAUAGUUACCGAAACGGAGAGGUGCGCAGACUGCUGCAGGCGCAAUUUCCGGAGCUUAAGCUGCCGGAGGAGCGUCAUACCGGGCAGGAAAUUGACAUCCAAACCCUUCAAAGGACUUUACGGGACGGGGACGAAACACUGUUUGAACAGCAGUUCGCUGAGUACUUGCAGAAUCUCAAAGGCGGGGCGGAUAACCAACUAAACGCCCACCAGGAGGAAUACUUUGGACUGCUGCAGGAGAGCAUCAAGAGUGGCAGGCAGCGAGCCUUCGAUGUCAUUUUGUCCACUGGCAUGGACAUCAACUCGAGACCAGGCAGGGCCAACGAGACCAAUCUUGUAGAGACGGCCGUGAUAUACGGUAACUGGCAGGCGUUGGAGCGACUUCUGAAGGAGCCAAACCUGCGACUUACUCCAGACUCUAAGCUACUAAAUGCAGUGAUCGGCCGUCUGGAUGAGCCACCGUAUGAUAGCUUCAGCCACCAGCGCUGCUUUGAAUUGCUCAUUAAUAGCGAUCGCGUAGACAUCAACGAAGCUGAUUCCGGACGCCUGGUGCCUCUGUUUUUCGCCGUUAAGUACCGCAACACGAGUGCGAUGCAGAAGCUCCUGAAGAACGGUGCCUACAUUGGUUCGAAGAGCGCGUUUGGCACACUACCCAUCAAGGACAUGCCACCCGAGGUUCUCGAAGAGCACUUUGACUCUUGUAUCACCACAAACGGCGAGAGGCCUGGUGAUCAGAACUAUGAGAUCAUCAUCGAUUAUAAGAACCUUAUGCGCCAGGAGAGAGACUCCGGAGUGGGAAAGACUUCAGAUGCUCUCAAUCAGCUGCACGACGAAAUGGCCCCGAUCGCCUUCAUCGCCGAGUCGAAGGAGAUGCGCCACCUGCUCCAGCACCCGCUGAUCUCGAGCUUCCUAUUCCUCAAGUGGCACCGACUUUCCGUGAUAUUCUACCUGAACUUCCUGAUAUACUCGCUUUUUACCGCCUCCAUAAUUACCUACACGCUCCUUAAGUUCCACGAAAGCGAUCAAAGGGCUCUUACUGCAUUUUUCGGAUUGCUCUCCUGGCUGGGAAUCAGCUACCUUAUAAUACGGGAGUGCAUCCAGUGGAUAAUGUCUCCAGUUCGGUACUUCUGGUCUAUAACGAAUAUUAUGGAGGUGGCUCUUAUUACACUAUCUAUCUUUACCUGCAUGGAAUCCAGCUUCGACAUGGAGACGCAGCGCGUCUUGGCCGUAUUCACCAUCCUACUAGUCUCCAUGGAGUUUUGUCUACUAGUGGGCUCCCUGCCAGUGCUCUCAAUUUCGACGCACAUGCUGAUGCUGCGAGAGGUGUCAAACAGCUUUCUAAAGAGCUUUACCCUCUACUCGAUCUUCGUGCUCACCUUCAGUCUGUGCUUCUAUAUCCUCUUCGGCAAGUCAGUGGGGGAAGACCAGUCUAAAAGCGCUGAGCCGGGUCCACCUAUGGAGAAGAAGGAGGAGGACGAACAGGGCUUCAACACAUUCACCAAGCCUAUCGAGGCCUUGAUCAAGACCAUUGUGAUGCUGACAGGCGAGUUUGACGCCGGAAGCAUCCAAUUCACCAGCAUCUACACCUACCUGAUUUUCCUGCUCUUCGUGAUCUUUAUGACGAUAGUGCUGUUCAACCUUUUGAACGGUCUUGCAGUGAACGACACCCAAGUUAUUAAGGCUCAGGCAGAACUGAACGGAGCCAUUUGCAGAACCAACGUCCUUAGUCGGUACGAGCAGGUUCUCACUGGCCACGGACGCGCUGGUUUUUUGUUGGGCAACCAUCUCUUCCGCAGCAUCUGCCAACGUUUGAUGAACAUCUACCCGAAUUACUUAAGUCUGCGUCAGAUUUCCGUGCUGCCGAACGAUGGAAACAAGGUGCUUAUUCCAAUGAGCGAUCCCUUCGAAAUGAGGACCCUUAUGGGCACCAAGAAGGCUAGCUUUCAACAAUUGCCCUUGAGUGCUGCAGCGCCCCAGAAGAAGCUGUUGGAUCCACCGCUAAGACUUCUGCCCUGCUGCUGUUCCAUGCUCACCGGAAAGUGCUCCCAGAUGAGCGGCCGGGUGGUCAAACGGGCCCUCGAGGUAAUCGAUCAGAAGAACGCGGCGGAGCAGAGACGGAAACAGGAACAGAUCAACGACAGUCGACUGAAGCUGAUCGAGUACAAACUGGAGCAAUUAAUACAGCUGGUCCAGGACAGGAAGUGAUGGAGCAUGUAUUUCGGUAGCUUUAGUAUUUAUGAGACUAAUCAACCUUUUAGAACGAGUUGCAUUUAACUUGCAGUUUAAAGAGCCGAGUUAGUCGGAAAUUGUUUUUAUUAACAUACGAGUAAUGAAAUUGAACAAAACCCUUAAUAAUUGUCAGUAAGUAAGUAGUAUAUAAUGGUUAUAUAGACAGUAAAUAUUGUAUAAACGAAUAUCAUUACUGUACCAUUUGUACCCGAAUAAAUAUUUAAUUUCAAAUGUUA